CCUAAUCCUCCCACAACUAGGUAUAAUCCGUGCGUAUAAAUAAGACCCUCUGUAAUAUUUCAUUAUUAUAAUUAGAGUGUAAUUACUAGUAGUGAUUAGAGAGAGCCAUGAAACAUUCUUGGACAAAACAAUGCGGCGCUAUCGGACGGGGAACACAUGCAGGAGUUUACCUCGCUUUGCCGGUCGCCGCCGGCGACGACUCUUCCCCGAUCGCCGUCAAAUCCGUGGACGUCAACUCCGCCGAGAACCUCCUCCGUGAAGCUCGAAUAUUGAGACAGCUCAGGGGCUCUCCCUACGUCAUCCACUGCUUCGGGGAAGACGUCAGCGCCGCCGCCGAUCCCCACGACGGCGGGUGGAGGGACUUCAACCUCCUCCUCGAGUAUGCCCCCGCCGGGAGCCUCGGCAGCCUGAUCCGCCCCGGGUACGACGGCACAACCCUCAUCCAGAAAUCCGACGUGUCUUUCUACGCGUACCAAAUCCUCAUGGGACUUUCCCACGUCCACGAAAAAGGGUUCGUCCACAACGACCUCAAGCCGGAAAACAUUCUUGUUUUUCCGGCGGCGGACGGCGGGAGACUGUUCCGCCUAAAACUCGCCGACUUCGGGGUUUCCACGUUGGCCGGAAAGAAGGACGUAACGUACUACGACGACGAUGAAGAAGAAGAAGACGAGGAAGAAGAAGAACCGUUCUGCCCGCACCACUGCCGGGGGAGCUUGUUUUACGCGUCGCCGGAGUAUCUGGCCACCGGAAAGCACAACACCGGCGACGAUAUAUGGGCAUUGGGUUGCAUAGUACUGGAGAUGCUCACCGGAGAGCCGGCGUGGCUGUGCAGGGACUCCAACGACUUGAUAGACCAGAUUCUGUACGAGAAGCCGGGAAUCCCGGAAGAAGUUCCGGCGACGGCGAGGGAUUUCCUGAGCAAGUGUUUCUUGAAAAGAGAGCCGUGGGGAGAGGAGAGAUGGACGGCGAGGAAGCUGCUCCAGCACCCGUUCGUCCGGGAUAACAAAGAUGUUGCGGCGUGUUUGGCUCCGAUGGAAAUAGGUUUUGAAGAUGGGAAGAUGAACCCUUUCUUGGGCUGCGAGGAAGAAGAUGAUGAUGAUGAACAUUGGGUUUCUACAGAGGAUUUGUUUCUCCCCUUUCGUUCUUAUUAGUUGUCAAUGAUGAAAGAAGUGUAAUUGCUGUUCGAUAUACUGUAGAUCCCUUGUGAAAAGAAGAAUGAAAAGAACCCUAUAAAUUAGGGUAACAGAU